AUGUCCAAACUUAAAAAAAGACCUACCCAAUGUGACCACGCUACAACUGGAUGUGGCCAACCAAACUCAUAUCGAAGCAGCUGUAGCAGCAGUUCAAGCUCAAACGGGUGGAACACUCGAUGUCCUCAUCAACAAUGCGGGUCGCAACCAUUUCAUGCCUUACUUAAGGCUCUAUAUGAUAUUAAUGUCUGGGGUCCUUUGCGAGUGACCAAGGCCUUUGUACCAUUUUUGAUUUUGGCAAAAGGCUCGAUUGUUUUUGUCACGUCUAUCUCUGGAUAUCUUAAUGUGUCGUUUAUGGGAUCCUACGCCGGUUCAAAGCGUGCCAUGGAGCUUAUGGCUGAUACUCUUCGGUUGGAACUGGUUUCAUUCAAUGUCAAGGUUCUUUGUGUUGUCACUGGUGCGGUUCGUACUUUGGGGCAGACAUACUUCGGUGAUCUCAAGUUGCCUGAGGAUUCGCUUUACAAGCCCAUUGAAGAGACGGUUGUCUCGAGGGCACAAGGUCAUUAUGGAGCUGAGAGGAUGCCGUUGAUGGAGUAUAGCAGUCAAGUGUUUGCUCAGAUUGAGCAGGGCGCGACUGGUCGCUUUUGGUGUGGCAAGAACUCUGAUAGUACGAAGGCGCGUAUUAGUGGUGAAUCCCAUGAUACGAUGGUAAGUGGCUAUUCCUAA